UUUUUUUCAAUGACAUUGUUGUCAACGAUAGCCAUUUACUACACUAUACAGUAUAAGAUGUUAAUAACGGGUUGGCCUCACACAGCAAUAUGGGUGGCAUUACAAUACUACUGUACUGUACUUCAAUAAUACCAACGACACAAUAAAUACCUGAGCACAGGAAACACGGGAUUAAAGGACCUGACUGUUAGUAGUGUUUAAAGAAUUGAUUGAAUUGAUUGAAUUGAUUGACUGCAAACAAUGACCAGAAGAACAGCUAUAGCUUCGUCUGUGUUAACACUAUUGGUGUUUAUAUCGACGGUUCACACGAUGGAGGUGUCGGCCACCCGUAAGUCCGGUAAAUGUGAACGCAUAACAAUACCCAUGUGUCAAGAUAUGCCCUAUAAUCUGACCCGAAUGCCCAACUUUAUGGGACAUAAAGACCAGUCGGAGGCCGCCAUUCAAGUGCACGAGUUUAUACCGCUGGUGGAGAUCGGGUGCUCAAAGAAUUUGAAGUUUUUUCUCUGUUCAUUGUAUGCUCCGAUGUGUACGGAACAGAUCGAUAUACCAAUCCCUUCGUGUCAAUCCAUCUGCGAGGAGGUCAAGUCCCGGUGUUUGCCAGUCUUACGUCAAUUUAACUUCAAUUGGCCAUCAAUGCUCAACUGUAGUCGACUGCCAGUACCCAAGGAUGGUCUCUGUAUGGAAGUUCCCAAUAUCAAUGACACAAUGAAGACACCACACAAACAUCCCUCAAUAAUAUCGUCAUUGUCUUCCUCCUCAUCUUCAUCAUCAUCGUUGCCAUCAAACAAACCUGAUAUUAAAGCCAUCAGCGAAAAGGAGACUAAAGAGUUGUUAAACUCGAUUGAGAAGAUCUAUCCAUUUUUAUUUGCCGGUAAUCAACGUCGUGAAGGCAGUGAUUCCCAAUCGUCACCAUUUAUGCCAUCAUUUAAGUCAUCGCUGCCUUUUGAAGCGUUUGAUAUUAGUUCAUACAAUUUGAAUGGUGUGGACAGUAAUGGUUACGGAAAACUAUCAAAAAACGGAAACAAAUGUUACGCAGAAUUCGUUUAUAUACCGAUAGCCGGCAAACAACACGUGAAUGGCAGCCAAGCGGUCUGUGCGCCCAAAUGUGGUAAAGAUAUACUAUUUACCAGAAAUGACAAAAACUUUGUGGAGAUAUGGAUGUGUAUUUGGGCCUCAAUUUGCUUCAUAUCCACACUAUUCACUGUAUUAACCUUUUGGAUCGAUUCCCAACGGUUUCGUUAUCCGGAAAAACCUAUUAUAUUUCUAUCGAUGUGCUUCUGUAUCUCAAGUGUCGCUUAUUUGAUACGUAUAUACGCCGGCCCUGAGUUUGUAUCCUGCGAUAGGAGUGACUCGGGUGACGAUCAUAUUACUCUUGAGGGACUCGAUAACUCUGCCUGUAUUAUAGUCUUUAUAUUGAUUUACUACUUCGGUAUGGCGGCCACUAUGUGGUGGGUCUGUCUAAUCAUAACCUGGUAUUUGGCGGCAUCUAAAAAGUGGGCGCACGAAGCCAUUGAAGCUAAAUCUAGUGUUUUUCAUCUUCUAUCGUGGGCUAUACCGGCCAUUCUGACUAUUAUUGUCAUUACAUUAAGACAUGUGGACGGGGAUGAGCUAACAGGGCUAUGUUAUGUCGGUCAUCACGACCCGAGCGCAUUGCUUUACUUUGUGAUUAUACCUCAAUCAGUCUUCUCCAUCUUUGCCAUACUUGUACUGAUAUUUGGCUUCAUAUCAUUGACCCGAAUCAGGUCAGACCUACAAUAUGGAGGUCACAAUACAAAUAAAUUGGACAGACUUAUGAUUAGGAUCGGUGUCUUUACAACAUUAUAUACAGUACCGGCACUUGUGGUCAUUGGAUGUCAUAUUUAUGAGUACUUGAAAAGCAAUGAAUGGCGCGAAACAUCACUCGACAGGUCGAGGAUGUGUCACGACAUGAACACUAUGAACGCCUGUCGUCUUAAUGAAAGUAUACCAAUGAAAGAGGUAUUUGUACUCAAGAUAUUCAUGUCACUGGUGUUGGGUAUAUCUACCGGUAUAUGGGUCUGGAGUAAUAAAACGUGGAACUCGUGGACCCGAUUCUGUCAAUCGACGUUUGGUCGUCGACCGCGACGUAAUUUCAAGUGUCCACCAGUGCUACCGCAGACCACUACACAGUACAUACCGGUGCAGCAACAACAACACCGACACACACCCACGUCUAGUAUCUCAUCGCAAAACAAUAUACCUAACAAUACUAAUAACAUUAACAAUAACAUAGCAAAUAACCCGUUGUCCCGACACCACGUCUACUAUCAUUCAUAUGCAUCACUCAAGACUCAAAGUCAGACAAGACAUUCACACCGUUCUCAUCGUAGCAAACAUAGCAGGAAUACCACAACCAAUGCAUCGAUAACUCACGUCUAA